AUGAAUUUCUUUUUGAUUAUUUUUUUCUUUGGACUUUCCCCCCCAGGGAUUAGCAAAACAUUCAGCAGUUUAAUAGGUCGCCCUGAAACUAUUAUUUUAUCAAGCCACAAUGAAGACAGUAACACAAGCACUGAAGGUGAUAAUAGUGACACUAAUGAUAGUGUAAACUUUGAUGCUACUGAGGAUUAUGACAUAGCUUCACUACAAUUGACAAUUGAAAAAUCUUUGAAUUUUUCUACUGAAAGCUAUGAAAUAUUAAAAGACAGUAUGCAGAGCCUUCAAACCUACCUUAAAAAGCUUUCGCAUGAAACACCUGAAGAAGAAAUAGAGCGCCCUGAAGUACAUGACUAUAAUGAUUUGGAACCAAAUGAACCCCCUGUCCUCACAUAUCCAGAUAUACUUAAUGAAGAAGAAAGAAAUCGUGAUCUUGAAAGGAGCCAAUCCUGGAACCAGUUAAAUGAGGACUCUGACACCCCUAGUGAGACUGUUACUGAACCACUAAGCAGAGAAGACGUAAAGAUAAAAAUAAUGCUGGGUAUAUCAUUGCUGACACUCAUCUUUUUCUUAAUCUUCAUGUGUAUUAGUUGUUUGGCUUACUCCCGAGUGCAGAAGAAGAGGGUCCUUGGCUUCAGAGAAAAGAGGUGACUAUGAAGAAGAGCAGACUGGGAAACUGGAUUUAAAAAAAGAAUUUCCAUCAAACCUGAACUGGCAGCCAUGUCUUAUUUUCAACCAGCAGAAGGUGUAUCAGAAACGUCCUUUUCUAAAAGUGCAGCUAGUAGCACAUUGUGGGGGCCUCAAUCUCUAGACUUUAAAAGAGGAACUAAUACAUUAGAGGCACCAGGUACAGCAUCAUUUCUACAUGAACUUGAUGCACAGUGCAUGGAGGCAGAGUUCAGCAAUGAAUCACCCAGUGGGGAACUAAGCAGUGUUGAGCCUCACAGUAUGGAAAUAUCCAGUGAUGAGAAGCCCAGUGGGGAGUUGCCCAGUACAGAGGCUGAAGAUAGAUGA